AAAGGCGGCAUUUAAGCUAAUAGGUAGGUAUCUCUUUCAUAGCUGGUGUUAAAGCCAAGGUUAUUUACCUUCAGUUCUACGAAAGACCAUCUUUUUCGUGUACCUUUAGGCUAUAUACCUUAACUAGUUAUGGCUUUUCUAGAAACGUACAAAGUUUCAGCUAUGUUUGUGAAAACGGAAAAAUAUCGUCGGUAAGAUUAUAAUUUUGAUCAGGAAUUCAAUCUUGUAGCAUAAUAAAUUUAUAGAAGUUUCCUUUUCGAUACAAAACUCCGACGUAGUGACGAGCAACGACAAUUCAUAAAUUAUAGAAGAGUGACGAAAAUUGAAAUAAAUUUUAUAUUUAUUUUAAACGACAAACUUGAUUUAUUCUGAUUUUGUAAAGAAAAGUAGUACUCGAGCAAGAAAACUGGUAGGUAAUUAGGUGAAAUAUACCUCCCAUACAUCCCUGUUUAGCUUGUUUAUUUAUUUCAAAGUGAUAUACAUAAAUACAUUCUAAAAGCAACUUAGGUAAAUGUAUGUGGUAUAAAUGUCAUUGUCAUUUAGCUAGUAAGUAGCAUAGUUACCUACUAUACAGUUCCAAAGGGAAGUAGAUAUUAAUUAUUAUUCAAAAUGUAACCCUCUGUUGAUUUUAUUUACGGUUUUCAGCUAACCAGUAAAUUCCAUCCCUUCGCUAAUAUUCGAAAUACAAGUAACGAAGUAAAGUAAUGUUGCUGUUGACGCGUUGUUAUAGAAACAUGUAGGCUAAAUAAUCUACUCGUACAAAUGCUAAACAGAUUAUUACGAUUUCAAUCAUUUUCGUUCAUGGAUGAAGGUUAAUCUUUAAAUAAUGAAUUGUACAGAUACCAGUAAAAAUAUUCAGGCACCAGUCUCUAGAAAAAAUGAAACGAAUCCAUGUGGCAGAACACCAAGGCGCUCAAAUCAACAAAAACAAACUGCAGAUAAUAAUAAACGUUGUCUCCUAUCAGAACGAAAAUCACCCACGCCAAAAACAAGAGCUUUGAUUGAAAAAUAUUCCUAUCAAAGUAAAAACGAAAAAAAUCACGUCAAGAGCAAUAUUGAAUUCGUAAAAAAUAUAACAUUCAAAGAAAAACGGCACAUAAUGCAAGAUUCAAAUAAUGGUCACUGUCAAGAUUCUGUUCAAGCAGGAUUGGAGCUGAGAUACGUAUUCAAAAAGGAAUACGGCAAAACACCACGUUAUAUUAGAAGGAAUCGGUACUUGAUAGAAAAAAUGAAGAAAGUAGAACAGGACGCCAAUAAAGUACCUGAACCUUCAAUGCGAUACGUGGAAGAUGAAGAAAAAGACGCUGUAUUGGACGGUUUAAAAGCCAAUUUAAAAGAAGCGGAGAAACAAUUUCUUUCAUUACCAAUUGUGACAGACACGUUGUCAAAACGCAACAGAAAAAUGUACCUGGAAAAUUUAAUGCUCAAAUUACAACAGGAUAUUGAAACUUUAGAAAGACACGAUAUUAUUGUAUUAAAUGAUUAAAUUAUGUUAAAACAUUUAUAAUUCGACGCAGCAGCGAGUUUAUUUCGUAACGAAAAUGAAUUUUGAGAUUUAUCAUUCGAGUUGGAAAGUAUACAGCUAUAAGCGUAGACACUUGGAAAUAAAUAAGAAAGAAUUUUAA